AUGUACUCUGAUUAUAUGCAUUGGCUAGUUAUCCUGUUAACAGUGAGUCUCUUCAUAUCUUCCAGAUCGACAAGAACAAACGGGAUCGGACUUCUACAGACUUACAGAGUCUACGUGAUUAAUAACUUCAGCUACGACACGAAUGAACUGAUGAUCCACUGCAAAUCUGGAGACGACGAUCUCGGGUACCAUUUUCUAAGUCAGUACGGCAGCUGGCACUGGAAAUUCCGGGUCGAUUUGUUUGGGUCGACUCUAUUCUUUUGCCGUGUACAAUGGGGGGAACUUGAAACGAGUUUCACUGUUUUCGAUACUGACUACAUAAGCAGCAAAUGUGAGGGCACCUCGACAUGCUUCUGGUCGUUGAGGGAGGACGGCAUUUACUUCAGUUGUGAUGACCUGAAUUACGUGCAGAGAUACAUCUGGCCUUGA